UGACAUUCAUCCAGAGGAUAUCAAGCAGAAAGGUCCAAAAUGGGGAGGUUGUCCUUGCUUCAGCUGAUAGUGAGUACAAAACUAGCUUCUACAGAAUGCAUUGUGCUAAAGUAGAUUAGCUUUGAUAAAAUAGGCACAUUUGUCUAAACCAGUGGUUGGAACCAAAAUUAUUUUCCAAUCGUUUCGUUCUGAACAGAACCAUAAUUUUUUGGGUUCCCUUCCACUGUACCGACCAGCAAAAUAAAGUUGUGAACCGUUUCGAACCCCAAAAAAGUAAUGUUUAAUAUCGUUCCUCUCUGUUCUUUUGUAAACAUCUGAAAUAUAUAUUUUUUUACAUUUAGCUUGACAUUAAAUUGCUUCACCAAAAUGGAUAGAGAAGCUUGAUGUGGAGCGGGCAAGCUAUGUACAUGCAUUGGACAGACAAGUGUAGUGUAGGGUGCGACAUGCGACUGAAAUAUUGCGGGUGAAGAGAGCGCUGGGCAUGAAUCGCUGGGCAUCUUGUUGUUAUGACAUGCAUUAUCUGAAUUAGGCCCACAGAAUUAUAGCUACGGAGGAUCGGCUUCUAUGAAGGAACUUUGAAUGUCUUUGAAUUUCAGAGAGUUGGUUUAACUAACGUUGGACCAGAGCUAGCCCUUGAUCAUGAAUUUCAGUUCCAUUACAUUACACAUAAUGUCACCUAGAGUUUUCGAGAGAUAGACCAGAGCUAGCUAACAAGCUUGUGUGUGCGGAGCGGCACCAGAAUUAAAAUAAAAACACGUCUAACUUUUUUGUAGUUCAUAAAUACAAUGUGAAACGUGAUAACUAUAAUAUCGUUAACUAGUAUUGAAAAAGUGUAUCCAUUGUUCUCUAAUUAAAAUCUCUCUCCCUAAUUUCGGAAUAACGCCUGUAACGUCAGUAGCUACAGUACACUAUGCAUGCUUCGGAUGGAGGAGGGGGGGUGCAGGUAGCCUACACAUACACUGGCAAAUAUUUUAAGUUGGCAGGCAGGCAGACACUGGAAUACAUUUCUGAGUGACAGUGAGGGCUUUGCAUAGGCUAAACUAAACUAACAUAUGGAAUUGUUUUAAGAUGGUCAUGCCAAGGAUUAUUUAGCUAUUUGAUUUUGAAUUUUAAGAUCCCUUAAGGUAUCAAAAAAAUAUAUAAAAACAUUAUUGGAUGAAACAUUGAAUUUGGCAUUGCUAUUAGCCAAUACAAUCACAUUGAAUAACAGAUUCACUACAUGGAAUAACAGAUAGUCCCAAAAAAAAUCUAAAGUGUCUGUCCUAUAUCUGAGAGAUAUAAAAAAUAUCAGAAAACUAUAUAUAUACAUGUAUAUACAUGUAUAUACAUGUAUUCAUCCCCCUAUUUUAGGCACUAAACUAUCUCCAUAUAUACUUCCAUUCAUUUUUUUAUCUGGUACUAGUCACCACUUACUGAAUUAUGCCAAAGACCUUGUCCUGGAAUGUUCAUGCAAAACUACUCUCUACUAAAACUACCUGUCUGAGCAUGUAGGGAGUUCACUGAGCUUUGAAUCAAUUAUGACUUUGAAAAUCUCCCAUGAUGAUUGGGACAUCAUUGAAUGGGUGUUGAUAGCUGAGUAUGCAGGGUUUCUGGAGGAUGAAUAAACCUAAAGUCUUUAUCAGUGGCCAUGGUGGUGAGAAUGCAAGUGCCCUCAUUUCACGUCAUACUCAUACACGUCAUAACAUUCGACAAAAUGUAAUAGAUCACGGAUCUAUCGAAUUGAUUUUUUCACUCUGAAUGUUUAUUCUUUAUUGGACUGAGCCACAACUGUCAAUGUGUAGAGGACAGCCUUCAUUGGGGCGUAGACCCACAUUCUCAAACUGCUUUUUAGGUAUCACACAUGUCAAUUGGUUGCAGUAAAUAUAAUCCCAACUCAAAUGUUAUAAACCUUCACCUUGCCUUCAACCGUAACAGUUUUGCUUAAAGUUUAUGAUCAUGAGAGCGUAAUGAGAAUGUAAUGAAGAUGCUGAAUUAGAUGAUAAAACAUAACAGAAAGAUGAUUCAGCAAGGAUUGUUCCAAGUAUCACUCUUAAUUAAAAAAGGGGUGUGAGAAGGGGUGAAGGGGAGAGAGAGAGAGAGAGAGAGAGAGAGAGAGACGUACACACACACACACACACACACACACACACACACACAUUAUACUGUACAACCCACCCCUCCCACUAUGAUCAUGCCUCCCAGAGGUCUGUCACCUGCAGGGACUCACCUGCGGGCUAUUAGGUCAAACCCAGGGUGGGAAUAUGACUGGAUGAAUCACACCUUCAUCUUUAUGUAUUUGUUUUACUAUGCACACGUGGAUAUAUUCUCUCUAAUUGCAUGUUUGCACUGUCUGUGUCAGCAGGUCUCCAUCAUGGUUGCAUUAGCACUGGCACAGGAUACUGGCAACUAUACAAUGAACAAGCGGGAAAAGAGGGUAUGUCAUGGGCAUUUCCACAAACAUUUGAAAAUCAUAUUUGAGUUUAAAGAAAUAGGUACAAUGGCCCUUGUCCCCUCUCCUUCCCAUGUUGCUUAAAGGAGCUGCUGGUGCGUUCCAAAAGAAGGUGGGUCCUGUCCACCAUUGAGUUAGUGGAGGAGGACCCUGGACCUUAUCCCAAAAUAGCCACACAGGUAAAAACAUCAUACACCACUAAACAGGGCAAAGCUGUCUAGACAUGCUAAGGUACAAAAGCACUGGGCCCAUAAAUAGUCUAUGGUCAUUCAUCAGAAGAACAUUUGCUCCCAACAUAACUCUGUAGUAAGUCAUACUGUAAACCCUGGACCCGUUUUGGGCUUCUCCUAAACCAGGGACCCACUAUUCAUAGCCCUGAAAACUGUUCAUCAACAAGGCUGUCUUUCCAGAUGUUCAAUGAUAGAACACCAAUGAUCAGAAACCACCAGUUCCGUAUAAGUGGAACCGGAGUGACCGAGGAACCGCUGGGCAUAUUCACCAUCGGCGAGACGGACGGAGUGGUUUACGUACACAAGCCCAUCGACAGGGAGACAUACCCCAUCUUUCACGUGAGCAUCAACACACACAGACAAAAGGACGGACAGACAGACGGAUGGACGAACAGACAGAUUAUCAAAAAUUUAACCAAACAUAAAUUAAGAAUAAUAAUAUUAUUUCCUACAGAUUAAGUUUGACAUCAUGGACAAGGAGACUGGUAAUCCCGUGGACACGACUCUGGGGUUCGACGUGGCGAUUAAGGACAUCAAUGACAACGCGCCUUACUUUGAGAACCCUGUCAAGAAAGCCAGUGUGAAAGAAAGUUUACAAGAGGGUCAGUACACACAAAGGCUGUAAAUCAUAUGCCUGCAUAUAGGCCUUGUACAAAGUAUACUUAGCUAGACUGUUCGCAGAAGAACCAAUUAGUCAUUGUGUACGGCUGAGAAAUCAAGUGGCAAGUUGGUGCUCUUUUUGAGCAGAGAGAACAUGUAAAGGGUAACUAAUUUCCCCUCUUCUCCUCCUCCUCUUCCCCAUUAUUCCUCCUCAUCCUUCCUGUUCUUCCCCUCCUGCCCUCCUCUCCCCCUGUCUCAGGGUAUCUGCCAGUGCCUCUGAUAGCCAUUGACAGGGAUGAGGCGAACACAGAGAACUCCACCAUCAGUAUAAGGGUGUUGUCUCAGGAGCCAGCUGAGCCCAAGAUCAACCUGAAGCAGGUGGAGGGCACCAAGAUGAGCCAGCUCACCUUCACCGGCUGCUUCGACUAUGACGUGAGGCUCCACUACGACACACCCACGCACACACAGACAAGUCAUUACGUGCAAACACACACACACACACACACACACUUGACGCACCCAUGCACGAACACACACACACAAAACAUUAUGAACAUGACAUAGUCUGACCAAGGAAAUCCAGGUGAAAGCUAUGAUCCCUUAUUGAUUGACCCUUAUUGAUGUCACUUGUUAAAUAAAUAAGUGUAGAUGAAGCGGAGGAGACAGGUUAAAGAAGGAUUUUUAAGCCUUGAGACAAUUGAGACAUGAAUUGUGUAUGUGUGCCAUUCAGAGAGUGAAUGGGCAAGACAAAAUAUUUAAGUGCCUUUUUGAAUGGGAUAUGGUAAUAGCUGCCAGGCUCACCGAUUUGUGUCUAGAACUGCAACGCUGUUGGGUUUUCCCAUGUAUCAAGAAUGCUCCACCACCCAAAGGACAUCCAGCCAACUUGACACAACUGUGGGAAGCAUUGGACUCAACAUGUGCCAGCAUCCCUGUGGAACGCUUUCGACACCUUGUAGAGUCCAUGCCCCAAUGAAGGGCAAAAGGGGGGUGCAACUCAAUAUUAGGAAGGUGUUCUUAAUGUUCUUAAUGUUCUGAACACUCAAUGUACAUCUGUAUGUAAAAUGGUGGGAUCAAUAUUUCAUUUAUUUUGUUCUUCAUGUAGAAAGUAAAGACGUAUAUAGUGGUUGUUGAAGCUAAGGAUCAUGGGAAACCAGCCCUGUCCUCAACUGCAGUGGUCAACCUCCAAAUAAUGGAUUCCAACACUCACCAGCCAGUGUUCAAAAACAAGACCGUAAGUUCCAAGUGGAUUGAUUGGUUGACUGGUUGAUUGAUUGAUUGGUGCAAUGAUUUGUUGGUUGAUUGAUCAGUUGAUCAACAGAUCGAUUGAGUGAAAAUGUCUUUAUUGAUUUGUGAAACAAAAAUAUUUACUUUACCUUCUUUCUUUGCAGUACAAUGCUCAGAUAAUGGAGAUGGAAUCCAAUAAGGAGAUCCUCCGAGUGGCUGUGACUGAUGAAGACACCCCCAACACCCCCGCAUGGCGGGCUGUAUACUCCAUUGUGAAGGGGAACGAGGAAGGGAACUAUAAGAUUGAGACCGACCCCAAGACCAACGAGGGUAUACUGACUGUCAUCAAGGUGAGUCUGUUUGACCUUUUUACCUUAUAUGAGGUUCGAACAUCAACAUCACUUACAGAUUUGUUAUCUUAAUUUGAUCACCCUGUUGUCGCAGAUACUUUUCCAGCACAGCAGUAAAUGCAAACUUGUAGUGUAUUCAAGAUUUUAAAAGGCUUCUAAAGUUUGUAAUUUCCACUAAUGAAAAAUGUAUAAACCCCUACAAAAAUGACCAUUAAUUAUAAUCCACAUAUUAAUUCACAUGUCCUGUUGCUGCAGGAUUACUUUCCUGCUGUGAGAAACUGUUUUUUUUUGUAUUGAUUUGUGUUGCUCUAACAUAAGUACGGGACUACAUUUACCAGGGGAAGGAUUUUGAGAAGACGACGUUGACCAACAUAGAGAUUGCCGUGGAGAACGAGGAGCCUCUGUUUGUGUGUGGCUCGGGAAGGGCCAACUCCCCUAAAACCCUGACCGCGCUCCCCCAGAAAGCGAACGUGGCGGUGAAGGUGAUUGACGUGAACGACCCCCCGGAGUUUGACAAAAAGGUGACUGACGUGUACAUGAUGGAAGAGGAGGAGACAGGAAAGGUGCUGUACAAGCCCAAAGUCACCGAUGUUGACUCAGAUGUGGGAAAAAUCAGGUGGGUGGCAACAUGUGAUGCCUCAGAAACAUCAUGAUGAUUCUUGAUUCCCCUGGGUUGUGAUAUUGAUUACCAGAACUUAUUUUGCAUGUACAGCAUGUAUUCAAAGUAAGCAGCUGGCUGUCUGUCCCUUCCAUGUCCUGACCAGGUAUGAGUUAGUUGAGGACCCAGCAGGCUGGGUCACUAUAGAUAACAAGACAGGAGUGGUUACUACAGUAAAGAAGAUGGACCGGGAGUCACUUCACGUCAACAAAGACAACAUUUACACUAUCAUAAUCCACGCCAUAGAUGACGGUUAGUGUGUGUAUGUGUGCGUUUGUCUGUCUGUGUGUGUUUGUGUGUGUGUGUGUGAGAGUGUUUGUGUGUGUGCCUGCGUGUGAACAUGCAUGUAACUGUGUGUGUACGUACGUAUGCAUAUGUGUAUGGUAUUGUGCAUAAUAAAGUAUUUAAAGAAUCUCUUCCUCUCUCAGGCCAGCCCCCUGCCACGGGUACAGGCACUAUUCUGGUUCACCUGGGGGAUCUCAAUGAUAACAUGCCCUCUGUGGUGGAGAAGGAGCUGGUCAUGUGUGGUAACAAAGUGAUUGUGCCGGUAGUAGACAAGGACAAACCUCCCUUUGGAUGCCCCUGUACCUUCUCCCUGGGAGACAAUGGAGACAAAACACUGAAGAGCCACUGGAAACUGGACCCUGCCAAUGGUCAGCAGAAUCACACACACCCAUAAACACACGCACUACACCCACAUACCAAAGUACUGCUUUUAUCUGGAUAUAUAGUCAUCUACUAUCUCCACACAACCUGCUAAACUAAAAAAUACCAUUAAUCAGAUGUCAGAUCCUUUGAAGCAGCAUAUAAUUAAAUAUAAUAUAAACUGGGUUGUUCGAGCCUUGAAUGCUGAUUGGCUGACAGCCAUGGUAUAUCAGACUGUAUACCCAUUUAUAAUAUCAAUAAGGCACCUCGGGGGUUUGUGGUAUAUGGCCAAAAUACCACGGCUAAGUGCUGUAUCCAGGCACUCUGGGUUGCGUCAUGCAUAAGAACAGCCCUUAGCCGUGGUAUAUUGGCCAUAUACCACACCUCCUCGGGCCUUAUUGCUUAAUUCACCCCCUACCUUCUUUUCCUCUCCUUCCACCACUCUCCCUCUCUCUCUCCCCGGUGGUCAGGUAUGGAGGCGGGUCUGGUCAGUCUGAAGAGCCUGCCUUACGGUAACUACACAGUGCCUCUGGUGAUCCUCGACCAGCAAGGCCAGGUGGGAAAGGACAUUGUCCAGGUGAUGGUGUGUGACUGUUGGAAAGGAGACAAGUGUAGGGCCUCUCUGCCCCGGAGCUCCAUCCUGGGCCCUGCCGCUAUAGGACUACUGCUGGCUGGACUGCUGCUCCUCUUAUGUGAGUUAGAAGAGAAUAGGUAUGGAGUACUGUAUAUAGGGAUAAGGGAUAGUUAGAGAGUAGGUGGAUAAUCAGUAAGUCAGUUACUCAGACACUCUUAGAACAGUGCUUUUGGCCUGAAAGUGAGUGAGAGACAUCAAUUCAGUCUAAACCAAAUCACAUCUAUGAAAUUGAGAGCAAACUUUUGAUGCAAUAUUGUUAUUAAAACAUGUUGAUAGAUAGCAGUGCUACAACAUGCUAUGAAAUGUUAUAAAAACAUGACUUUAAACAUUCAUUAGUUUUUUGUAUGGUAAAAUGCUAUGAGAUGUGACUGUUAGUAGUGACUCUGUGGUUGUGUCCCUCUCCCAGUGCUACUGCUUUUCCUCCUGCUGUGCGAGUGCGGUGGUAAGACGUUCACACACCUCCCCCUCAAUCUGCAAGACGAGGGCAACCAGACUCUCAUCAAAUACAACGAGGAGGCAGGGGGCAGCGCAUGUAAGGUGUGUGUGGGUGUAUAUGUUAACGUGCAUGCAUGCAGGUAUAUCUACAGUAUUUGUGCCGAAUGUACACAUUAAGCUAUGUGCAUUGUCAGGGUAUUUAGCAAGACAGGAGUGUACAAUACAAUCCCUUUCUGAGCUGUCAUGUGUAGGGUUGCAAAGGGAGGGUAUAUUACUAGAAACUUUCUAAGUUUACCAGUAAACUACCAGAUUUUUGGUAUCUUUCAAGGAUUUUAUGUAAUCUAUCACAAGACAUCUAGUGGCCCUUUUGGGUACUUCAGAAUAUCAUAAGUGUCUGUAAUUAUCUCUGGCCCUCUGUGUGGCCUUAUCACAUCUACAAUACAUGAAGUAAUUAAAUAAGAUGAUUUUAAAAUAAAAAAUAGAAUGACAAAGCUGUUAAACAUUAUCCUAAAUAUAAACCCUCAAUUUAGUGAAUACCAUUGGUGUUUAAUAUGAGGGUUUCAGCAUGAAAUGUUUUUUUAAUACACUUUUAUUUAUUUGACUAUGUCAAUAUGUAGUUGCUGUCAAUGUUUUGGGGUCAAACUGGUGGCUGUUGUGAAAAAAAUAGUUUGAAAAAAAUAGUUUGACAAGUUGCAGAGGUAAUUGAAAAUAAUGCCAUUGUUGAUAAGAUGCUUUUUUCAUGAAUUAGGCUAUUUUCUUUUUAACCAUAUGGUCUAUCUACUAGAAACUCAUGGACAAUAUGUAUAUAUAUUUUUAAACUCUAUAUGAAUACAUUUAAGUUAUUCAAGUAUAAAUGACCAAAGUUACAAUAGACUGCCAUAGAUGUUCUGUUAAUUAUCUAAAUGACUGAAGAUGCUGGUAGCUUUGGUAAAUCACCAGUAGCUUUGAAACCCUAGUCAUGUGCUUAUAUCAUUGUUGCCAUUGAGUCUGGGUAUGACAGGUAUUUACUGUUGGCAAGACAGGUGUUCUUCCUCUGGUAUGUGAACAGUUUGUACUCUGACAUGAUGUUUAAUCUUGUAAUAACUAUAAUAGUUCUAGUCAUUUCCUCACCUCUUUCCUCUCCUCUGCUAUCCUAAACUCUUCUUCUUUUCCAAUCCUCUCUACUUACCUCUCCUGUUUAUCUCUCUUCCACUCUGAUAACCAUAUCCUUCUUCUUUCCCCUCCUCCUCUCCCUCUCCUCCUGUCCCUACCUUUUAGGGUGAGCCCAUGUUGAUCCUGACCCCCACCACUCCUAACAGAGAAGUGGCAGAUGGAAUGAAGCAGGCCACCCCAGGCAUACCGGUAAACUGGCCACUAUCCUUACUUUCAUCUCGUCUUCUUUUUCAUUCUUUCUGUAACUCAUCUCUUUCUGUGUAAAAAAAACAGUCUAUGGUCAACACACUGUCUGAGGUUUUUCAAUGCCAUGUCUGUGGGUGUGUUCUGCACAGUUAGGAGGAGUUGUGUGAGAGAGUGUGUGAGAUGUCAUAUGAUGGAGGAACAAGUCAUUAAUAACAUGACAGUUACAGGUAAUUAGUGGCUUCUGUGUAGGGUGUGUACUUCCCUCUAAUAUCUACUGUAUGUAUGGUAAGCACUGAAUGAAGCAGGUUCGGUCACUAUUAGCAUAACUUAGUUUAUAUAGUACCAAUGAGAGAGUAAAAUAGCUCACAUCCAUGAUUUGGGUGUGACUCAUGAGCACAUGUACCACAUGCAGAGUGAGUAGGCCUACAACACUGACCACAUUCUCCAAACCACAUUUACAGUUGAAGUCGGAAGUUUACAUACACGUAGGUUGGAGUCAUUAAAACUUAUUUUUCAACCACUCCACAAAUUUCUUGUAAACAAACUAUAGUUUUGGCAAGUCAGUCUACUUUGUGCAUGACACAAGUAAUUUUUCCAACAAUUGUUUACAGACAGAUAAUUUCACUUAUAAUUCACUGUAUCACAAUUCCAGGGGGUCAGAAGUUUACAUAUACUAAGUUGACUGUGCCUUUAAACAGCUUGGAAAAUUCCAGAAAAUGAUGUCAUGGCUUUAGAAGCUUCUGAUAGGGUAAUUGACAUCAUUUGAGUCAAUUGGAGGUGUAUCUGUGGAUGUAUUUCAAGGCCUACCUUCAAACUCAAAAGAAAUCAGCCAAGACCUCAGACAUUUUCUUGUAGACCUCCACAAGUCUGGUUCAUCCUUGGGAGCAAUUUCCAAACACCUGAAGGUACCAUGUUCAUCUGUACAAACAAUAGUACGCAAGUAUAAACACCAUGGGACCAUGCAGCAGUCAUACCGCUCAGGAAGGAGACGCGUUCUGUCUCCUAGAGUUGAACGUACUUUGGUGCGAAAAGUGCAAAUCAAUCCCAGAACAACAGCAAAGGACCUUGUGAAGAUGCUGGAGGAAAUAGGUACAAAAGUAUCUAUAUCCACAGUAAAACGAGUCCUAUAUCGACAUAACCUGAAAGGCCGCUCAGCAAGGAAGAAACCACUGCUCCAAAACCGCAAUAAAAAAGCCAGACUACGGUUUGCAACUGCACAUGGGGACAAAGAUCGUACUUUUCGGAGAAAUGUCCUCUGGUCUGAUGAAACAAAAAUAGAACUGUUUGGCCAUAAUGACCAUCGUUAUGUUUGGAGGAAAAAGGGGUAGGCUUGCAAGCCGAAGAACACCAUCCCAACCGUGAAGCACGGGGGUGGCAGCAUCAUGCUGAGGGGGUGCUUUGUUGCAGGAGGGACUGGUGCACUUUACAAAAUAGAUGGCAUCAUGAGGAAGGAAAAUUAUGUGGAUAUAUUGAAGUAACAUCUCAAGACAUCAGUCGCAAAUGGUCUUCCAAAUGGACAAUGACCCCAAGCAUUCUUCCAAAGUUGUGGCAAAAUGGCUUAAGGACAACAAAGUCAAGGUAUUGGAGUGAACAUCACAAAGCCCUGAUCUCAAUCCUAUAGAAAAUGUGCGGGCAGAACUGAAAAAGCGUGUACGAGCAAGGAGGCCUACAAACCUGACUCAGUUACACCAGCUCUGUCAGGAGGAAUGGGCCAAAAUUCACCCAACUUAUUGUGGGAAGCUUGUGGAAGGCUACCCGAAACGUUUGACCGAAGUUAAACAAUUUAAAGGCAAUGCUACCAAAUACUAAUUGAGUGUAUGUAAACUUCUGGCCCACUGGGAAUGUGAUUAAAGAAAUAAAAGCUGAAAGAAAUCAUUCUCUCUACUAUUAUUCUGACAUUUCACAUUUUUAAAAUAAAUUGGUGAUCCUAACUGACCUAAGACAGGGAAUUUUUACUAGGAUUAAAUGUCAGGAAUUGCGAAAAACUGAGUUUAAAUGUAUUUGGCUAAGGUGUACUGUAUGUAAACUUCCGACUUCAACUGUACCUGUCCCUACCUGUCUAUCUGCUACAGAAGUAGGAUUCUAAUUUGAGCCAGUUUGCUACAGCUGGAAAAUAAUCCUGCAGCAACAGGAAAUGUGAAUUGUUAUGUGGAUUAUAAUUAAUGGACAUUUUUGUAGGGGUUGAUAGAUUUUUGUAAGGGAAAAUCAAGUCUGAAAUUUCAAAGUUGAAAUUACAAACUUCCGAAGCCUUUUAAAACCUCAAAUACACUACAAGUUAAACCUUUCCUGCAUCGCAGGAAAGUUGUCCUGCAACAGGGUGAUCAAAUGAAGAUCCUACAUCUGUACUACACCACUUAAUUUAGCCACCAUUAGAGAACUGCUACUCCACAUAUAUCAUAUUAUGUGCAUGGCGCUUACAAUGCGAGGGUUGUGGGUUUGAUUCCCACGGGGGGACCAGUAGGGAGAAAAUAAAGUAAGAAAUGUAUGAAUUUACUACUGUAAGUCACUCUGUAAAAGAGUGUCUGCUAAAUUACUAAAAUGUAAAUAUAAUUGUAUCCUUAAUUCUGUCACCACCAACAACAAGACUAGUUACUAUAUAUGUAAUCUUCCACCAUCUCACUACAACACUCUGAUCACAGUCUAAAUCACUGUUGUUUAUGCUGUGCUUGAUUCUCUGCUCUCUGAUUGGACAGUUUACUCAGAAGACCAACGAGAUGACGCAAGAGACCAAUGAGAUGUACAGAACCACAGGGAGGACCAUUGUGAGUGACAUCCUUGCUGACAAACAUGAUUUUCAAGCAUUGAAGUUUCAGCCUUAGGUCCACAUAAUGGAAACAUCAAUGCUUUGUUUUAAAACUUUUUUUUAAAGUAUGUGUUUUUAAAUACCUUGAAAUAGUUUUCCUUUCUUUAGAAAUUUCCAUUUUGGAUGUAUCUCAUCUCUAGUUGAUGGAAGUCUCACAUCACAUCAUUUUUAAAGCAGAUAAUCAAACUGUGUUUGGGCAGUGUGGAAUACAUGCAGUUCAUGCCUGCCCUUGUUCACAGCUCAAUCUGAAGUGUGGGAAACUUAGUUUUAGGGAAGAUAUUAGCCUAUGGCAAAAUAACUCAAAUGCAAAUGUUUUAUCUAGCUUGAACCAGUUGUACUGUCCCAACUGUUCAAUAGCACUGAAUAGCAUUGUCUUUGACCUUUGUCAACUAUUUGUGAGAGACGUUUCAAAGACUGAAGAUCUUAAAUGCUUUUCCUACCUGUCUCAGUGGUAUACUUUCCAUAGUUGAACAUUGUGUGGUACUACAUCACAGUGUGCAUAACACAAUUUAACUCUUCAUAAUCCUCAGUUAUGCUUUCAUUUUGUACUUUGUGCAUUUCCCCUUUUACUAUGUCUUUAUCUAACAUGCUCAUAUCAUGGUGUUACUUAGCGCAAAAAAAUGGUGGUGACAACAGUGGUACACAAUUCAGUCAGCUGAUGGAGUAGGGCAUCAGUCUACAUUAUAAUGUAUAUAACCUUUCAAGUUUCAAGUUUUCAAGUUUUAAUGUCACAUGCACAAGUACAGUGAAAUGCCUUUCUUGCAAGCUCUAAACCCAACAAUGCAGUAAUCAAUAACAAUGUAAUACUAAAAAGAACAUACGGUAGAACAAAAACACACUAUAAAUAAAAAUAAGAAAUAAGAAGAACAUGAGAAAGUAAGUAAGCAUACUAUAUACAGGGUCAGUUCCAGUACCAUAUUUACAAUGUGCAGGGGUACUGGAUCGAUAGAGGUAGAUUAUGUAUAGGGGUAAGGUGACUAGGCAUCAGGAUAUAUGAUAAACAGAGUAGCAGCAGCGUAUAUGAUGAUUGUAUGUGAGUGGGUGUGUGUAGAGUCAGUAUAAAUGUAUGUGUGUGUGAGCAAAUUAUGGAGUGAGUGUUUGCGUGUGUUGGAGUGUCAGUGUGCGUGAGUGUGAAGGGCCCUGUGGGUGUGCAUAGAGACAGUGCAAAACUAAAAAUAACUAAAAUACAAGGGUCAACUCAGUGCGUUUAGCCAUUUAGUUAGCUAUUCAGUUAGCUAUUUAGCAGUCUUAUGGCUUGGGGAUAGAAGCUGUUCAGGAGCCUGUUGGUGUCAGACUUGAUGCACCGGUACCACUUGCCGUGCGAAAGCAAAAGCAGAGAGAACAGCCUAUGGCUUGGGUGGCUGGAGUCAUAAAUGAUUUUCCAGGCCUUCCUGAUAUAGAGGUUCUGGAUGGCAGGGAGCUCAGCCCCAGUGACGUACUGGGCUGUUCACACCACCCUCUGUAGCGCCAUGCGAUCGAGGGCGUUGCUAUUGCCAUACCUGGCAGUGAUGCAGCCAGGCAAGAUGUUCUCAAUGGUACAGCUGUAGAACUUUUUGAGAAUUUGAGGGCCCAUGCCAAACCUUAUCAACCUCCUGAGGUGGAAGAGGCGCUGUCGCCAUUUUAAGUCCUGAGUGAUUUGGACACCAAGGAACUUGAUGCUCUCGACCCGCUCCACUGCAGCCCCGUCGAAGUGGAUGUUGGCGUGCUCGCCCCCCCCCCCCGUUUCCUGUAAUCCACGAUCAACUCCUUGGUCUUACUGACACUAAGGGAAAGGUUGUUGUUUCGGCAACACACUGCCAGGUCACUGACCUCCUCCCUGUAGGCUGUCUCAUCAUUGCCGGUGAUCAGGCCUACCUACGUUGUGUCGUCAGCAAACCUGAUGAUGGUGUUGGAGUCGUGCAUGGCCACGCAGUCGUGGAUGAACAGAGAGUACAGGAGGGGACUAAGCACACACCCCUGUGGGUCCCCCGUGUUGAGGGUCAGCAUGGCGGAGGUGAUGUUGCCUACCCUCACCAACUGAGUGUUCAGUCCCAGGGUCCUAAGCUUGGUUACGAGCUUAGAGGGGACAAUGGUGUUGAACGCUGAGCUGUAGUCAAUGAACAGCAUUCUCACAUAGUUAUUCCUUUUAUAUAGGUGGGUGAGGGCAGUGUGGAGUGCAAUUGAGAAUGUGCCACCUAUGGAUCUGUUGGGGCGGUAUACAAAUUCGAAUUGAUGUGUGCCAUAACCAGCCUCUCAAACCACUUCAUGAUAACAUAUGUGAGUGCUACAGGAUGGUAGUCAUUGUGUCAUGAAGCCGUAGAGUUCUUGGGAACAGGAGUGAUGGUGGUUAUCUUAAAACAUGUGGAGAUUACAGACUGGAACAAGGAGAGGUUGAAAAUUACUGUGAAUGUGCCUGCCAGCUGUUCUGUGCAUGCUAGAUCACCCAAUCAUCUGGGUCGGUGGCAGCCCUCACACCCGGCACAAUUUUGCUAUUGUCGAAGCGUGCAUAAAAUGCAUUAAGUUCGUCUGGUAGAGAGGCAUCGUUGGGCAGAUCACGGCUGGGUCUUCCUUUGUAAUCUGUAAUGGACUGUAGCCCCUGCCACAUGCGGCGGGCGUAUGAGCAUGUGUAAUAUGAUUAGUCCUAUAUUGUCCUUUUGCUCGUUUGAUGACUCUGUGGAGGUCAUAGCGAGACUUUUUGUACUUGUUCCUGUCCUCAGUCGCAGCCUCAGGGUUGGCUGCGAUAGCCCUGGCCUUUAGUUUGGGCCAACUUCAGUGUUAAUCCAAGGCUUUUGAUUGGGGAAGCAGUGAACCUUCCCUGUGGGGACAACAUCGCCAAUACAUUUCCUAAUGAAGCCGGUGACGGAAGUGGUUAGCUUGUUGAUGCUAUCGGCGGAGUCUCAAAACAUAUUCCAAUCAGCGCUAGCAAAGCAGUCCUGUAGCAUAAUCUCUGAUUCUGGUGACCAUUUUUCAAUGGAGUGAGUCACGGGUACUUCCUGUUUGAGAUUCUGCUUGUAAAAUGGAAGCAGGAGUGCGGAGUCAUGAUCUGAUUUGCUGAAUGGUGGACGAGGGAGGGCCUUGUAUACUUGCUUGUGGGUAAAAUAACAGUGGUCUAUGACUUUAUCGCCCCUAGUGGUGAGGGAGACGUGUUGAUGGAAGUUGGGCAUCUUGUCCGAAAGCUAUGUUUCAGAAAAGCAGAGAAUAUUGCAGUUUUGAGAAUCAUGUUAGUAGCAAAUUAUUAUCAAGUGAUUAUCAAGUGACAUUGGCCAGUACAAUGGAGGGAAGAGGUGGCCGGUUUUCCCUUCGCCUUAAUCUCUUCAGGAUCCCCACUCUCUUGCCUCUGUAAUGCCAGUGUUUCCUCUUGGUUAGCCCGAAAAUUGGGUCGGAAUUACAAAAAGAGCCCAGGGCAGAUGAGUUGAAGUUGAAGCCUGAAUUGAGGUAAGUAACUGCCGAUCUGAUGUUCAAAAGUUAUUGUCGGUUGUAAGAAAUUAUAGAGGAUACAUUUUGUGAAAAUAAAGUAAAAAUGAACGACAAAAGAAUCACAAAAUAGCAAAGUUGGGUCAGAGCUUGCAAAACAGCAGCCAUCCAGUACAGCUCCAUCUUAGCAGCAGUGCCCAUGUCUCAGUACUCAACCUCCAUCUCUCCCCAUGUCACCCAGGUGUCCUCCUCAGGAGAGGGAGGGUUCUCUGGAGGGGGAACAUUCCAGAGAAUGGGCGAGGCCAAUGGAACUCUGAGAAGCCAGGGUGGGCAGGGCAUGGUGAGUGACAUCUGCAGGCAGGCACUAGGGGACAACAUAACCCUCCUUUUAUUUAUUUUUUACUUUAGUGUUGUAUAAUUCGACAGUUGUAUAGACACAAUUUAUGACAGGUUAUUACAGAUUAACUACAAGUUAUCAAGGUUUUAUACAGUGAAGUGGGUGCAUUAAUGCAGUCGAUCAUUAUAAUAGCAACAAUAUGAAUGUGUAUUUUCUAAUUGCAGUACCAGACUACAAGCAGGAACAAUACCAUGAGGGUAAGUGUUGCCUGUGCACUAUCAGGAUCUGGUCUACUUGACACCACACCAUUGACACAUACAUACACACUACAUACACUGUUGUUCCUCCGUUAAUCAUCCAUGUUUGUUUUUCUGUGUUUUCUCCGCUCUCUCCUCAGAGUAACUCUUCAAGGCAUUCCCGCUCCUUUGGCCUGCUGUCGAACCAGCACAUCUCAGAGCACAUAGACCGGGUAAGAGACCUGUCCCUCAGCAGCACAGCCAUUACAGAACCGCUUGUGUGUACACUGGCCCUCAAGGGCCCCAGAGAGGGAAAUGUGCUCCCCAGAGAGGGAACCACCUCGUGGCAGCCCCUGUAUGAUCCCAUAAUGAGAUCCCUAAUCCUCACUUAGCACAACUCCUUUGUAUUAGCCUGAUAGAGGGUUGUGUAACACCAGGUGUUGGUGAAAUACAAGGGCUUAAAAUAUCAGACAUAACACGUAUGUGACAUUCCCACGGGGGUAUGAAAAUGCUAAAUGACGUAAAUGUAAAUGUAAAAAAUGUCAUGGUGACACGUAGAAAAAGUUACAUACAUUAGCCUAUGGUGUGAGAAGAGAGACAGACAUUUAGGUAAGGAUGUGUAUGAUGCACCAUGUCGUCUUGAAAACAAGAACUAAUGGUGGUAAUAUUUGUCUUAUCGUUAAUACAAAUUCUGCAAUGUAAGAAGUAUCCCUCUGUUGGAUCUAUUAUAUAUAAAUAGCCUACUUUUUUAGUUGAUAGUAUUGAGAGUUUUAUAAGAUCUUGUAGAAUAUCAUUCAAAUAUGAUUUAAGAGAACUUUAAAUGGUAUAUAGAUAACGUCCUCUAACAUUGACACAUUGGUUCUUCAGAAGCUGCAUAUGAUUGGAGAAGAGGUGGACUACCAACCCUACGAGUAUGGCUACGAGGGGACAGGCAGCAAGUGCCAGUCGCUGGACGAGCUGUCGCUAAGCAACCUGGAUGACAACCUGGAGUUCCUGGGGGACCUGGGUUCAAAGUUCAACACCCUGGGGGGCAUCUGUCGGCAGGACAUGCAGGAGAGGAACAUCAGGCUGUAGGCACGCACAUGAACGCACGCACACGCACACACAUAAACACAAACACAAACACAAACACACACACACACACACAACUGGCUGGACUGGAGAUUGUUCUUACGUCUGUCAUCUAUGCCACAUAAAUUGUUUUUUUUUAAACAUCUUUUUGGGGGGUGGGGGGGGGGGGCUUGCUCGGACCUUGCGAAACUGAGCUACGACACUGAUAGGGUGAGGGUCAACAGUUGGAGAAGAGGACACCUAACAUUGUCCAUUGAGAUUUUGGAUCAUGCUUUGCGUUGUAUACAACAGAGGGACAGUUUCUUACCGGCCAAAACCGUGCUGGAUUGGCUUUUACCCACACAAGGAGGGACUGAGAGAGAUAUUUUUGAUAGUUUGGCUGUCUGAAGACACAAUGAAUAAU